UGUGUGUGGAGACAGAGCUGGAAAGUGUGUGUGAGGAGUAUAGUGGCAGUGUGGACAUGUCACAGUUCACUCUGGGAGCCUGAUCAAGCCGGUGGAUGUGGUAAAGACUUGGUAUUAUGCCUAAAAUGAGGACCCACUUUGGAGUUUUGUUUUUGUUGACCCUAUGGGUGGUCUACUCUGAUGCUUGGUUCUGGGCCUGGAGUGGUACUACAACUUUGCCCCCAACAGUGGACCAUGAGGGGUCUGGCAGUCCAGCAGGUAGUGGAGAACCACCAUCAGAGAAUAUUGCAAGGGUUGGAGAGGAGAUCAUUGAUGAGGGACAUGGGAUCCCAAAGGUUGUGCAGACUGAGGGACCACGACAGACCACUCUAAUACCUACAACACAACCGGAGACAGCACGGAUUUCAUCACGCAUACGUGAACCUGGUAAUGGCACAUCUUCUCUAGAGGAAGACAGUGGAGUCUCCCUGCUACAGCUGAUUGGGGAUCCUCCUCCAAACACAAUCACCCAGGUCUUUGGGUCAGACAACAGCCCCGGCUAUGUCUUUGGUCCUGAUGCCAACACGGGCCAGCUGGCGCGUGCCCACCUGCCGAGCCCAUUCUACCGAGACUUCGCCCUCAUCUUCAACCUGAAACCCACCACAGACAGGGGUGGUGUCAUCUUCUCCAUCACAGAUGCUGCUCAGCAGAUCAUGUAUGUGGGUGUUAAACUGUCCGCUGUGCAGGGCAGCAACCAGAAUGUCAUCCUGUACUACACUGAGCCCGACUCGCAGCAGUCGUAUGAGGCGGCCAGGUUCCCUGUGCCCUCCAUGAGGGAUACCUGGACUCGUUUUGCUAUUGCUGUGAGGGAUGACAAAGUGAUGUUCUACCUCAACUGUGACAUAGACCCUCAGGUGAUGCGCAUUGAGAGGUCCCCGGACGAGAUGGAGCUGGAGUCUGGUGCUGGGGUCUUUGUUGGGCAAGCUGGAGGAGCUGAUACAGAGAAGUUUCUGGGGGUGAUCGGUGAGCUGAGGGUGGUGGGAGACCCCCGUGCUGCUGAGAGGCACUGUGAAGAGGAUGAAGAUGACUCAGACAUGGCUUCAGGUGAAGGAAGUGGCUAUGUGGAGUCCAGACCCCCAAAACCAGACAUGGAGAGACACAGAUGGACGACGACUCCUCCAUCUUCCAGGCCCAUUCAGCAGCCACCACUGACCAGGAAAGAUGAGCUGUUAAUUGCAAGAGAAACAGGGGCAGUUGGGGCGAAAGGAGAAAAGGGUGACCGAGGGGAUACAGGAAUGAAAGGAGACAGGGGUCCAAUUGGGCCGAAGGGAGAGGCUGGCUCUGGCUCCAGCUCACGGGGUGGAGCCCGUGGAGAGAAGGGAGAACCAGGGGAAAAGGGAGCAAAGGGCAGUGCAGGCUUUGGCUACCAAGGAAAGAAGGGAGACACCGGCCCACCUGGGCCCGCCGGUCCCCCUGGCCCUCCAGGGCCCGCAACCGAGUUUUCAGUCGGCAGUGACGGCUCAGUCGCCUCCAGAGUCCCUGGACCCCGAGGACCAGCUGGGCCAAAAGGUGUCCCGGGCCCCCAGGGACCACCAGGAACUGAUGGAGAGCCAGGCGACCCUGGUGAGGAUGGAAAAACUGGUCCUGAAGGACCUCCAGGUUUCCCAGGAACCCCUGGUGACCCAGGACUGAAAGGAGAAAAGGGAGACCGUGGAGAGGGUCAACCUGGCCCCAGGGGACCUCCAGGACCCCCGGGACCCCCAGGACCAGGACUCAGAUCUACUUUUGUGGACAUGGAAGGCUCAGGGUUCCCUGAUCUGGAAUCUGUGCGGGGACCACCUGGCCCACCAGGUCCCCCAGGUCUCCCUGGUCCUCCUGGUCUCUCUACAGGAGGAGCAGCAACGAGUUCUGGGGCGUUCGGACCACCAGGAAAGGACGGGGCACCCGGUCAACCUGGCUUGCCUGGUUUGCCGGGUACUGAUGGCCUCCCAGGAGCUGCUGGUCCAAAGGGAGAAAAGGGUGAUUCAGGUGAGCUGGGUCUUCCAGGAGCAGUUGGGGAGAAGGGAUCUCGAGGAGACCCUGGUUUACCUGGAGCUCCAGGACAGCCCGGACUGGCUGGUCUGCCUGGACCCAUUGGACCAAUUGGACCUCCUGGGCCUCCUGGACCUCCUGGCCCAAGUUAUCGUGUUGGAUUUGAUGACAUGGAAGGCUCUGGUGGAGGUUUCAGCAAUGGAGUUCCUGGUGUCAGAGGACCAGAAGGAAGACAGGGUCCUCCUGGCUUGCCCGGACUUCCAGGUAAAGCCGGGCUGCCUGGUAUACCAGGUCAGAAGGGCAUGGACGGUCUUGCAGGAACAGAUGGACGACCGGGAUUGGAUGGCUUCCCUGGACCUCAGGGACCAAAGGGUGACAGUGGCAUCAAAGGAGAGAGGGGUGACCCAGGUCGGGAUGGAACCGGACUACCAGGCCCACCCGGCCCUCCUGGACCGCCAGGACAAAUCAUCUACCGGACAUCUGGCGAUUUUGAUGGUGUUGUUGGCGGUGCUGGGCCUCAGGGAGGACCUGGUCUACCUGGUCAAGCUGGAUUCCCUGGUCCUAUAGGACCAAAGGGUGACAGAGGAGACCCCGGCCUUCCAGGCUACGGAGUGAAGGGUGAGAAAGGUGAACCAGGCUUAGUAAUCGGACCUGAUGGAAAUCUUCUGCAUCUGGAAGGACUAACGGGUCUGAAGGGAGACAGAGGACCCGCUGGACCUGUCGGACCCCCUGGUCAGUAUGGGCCUCCUGGAAUAAAGGGUGAAAUUGGAAUGCCUGGAAGACCUGGUCGCCCUGGUGUAAAUGGGUACAAGGGUGAGAAAGGAGACCCAGGAACUGGUUCAGGUUAUGGCUACCCAGGAGUCCCAGGCCAACCAGGACCACCCGGACCACCUGGACCUCCUGGGCCAGUCUUGUCUUUAGAUCGCUUCAAUCGCUAUGAUGAAUCUUCAAGGAAUUACCUAGAACAUAAAGGGGAAAAAGGAGAGCGUGGUGAGCGUGGACUUCCAGGAAUCCCAGGAACAGCCUCUAAUUUUGAUAUUUACGCAUUCAAGAAUGAACUGAAGGGAGAACGUGGGGAAGUAGGUGUGAAGGGAGAAAAGGGAGAGCCUGGUGGUGGAUAUUAUGACCCACGCUUUGGAGGAGUACAAGGCCCACCAGGGUCUCCUGGCAGACCAGGCCUACCGGGUCCAAAGGGAGAAAGUGUAAUGGGCCCCCCCGGACCGCAAGGGCCACCAGGGCCUCCAGGGAUUGGUUAUGAUGGGCGUCCAGGCCCUCCAGGACCACCUGGACCUCCAGGACCCCAAGGAUCUUCCUCACUUCCAGGACCAUAUAGGCCCAAUCACUCUGUCACUGUUCCUGGACCGCCUGGUCCUCCUGGUCCACCUGGAAGUCCUGGUCACUCCUCAGGGGUUACAGUUCUGAGGUCGUACGACACAAUGUUAGCGACUGCCAGACGCCAGGCUGAGGGCAGCCUCAUCUACAUCAUUGACAAAGCAGACCUCUAUUUGAGAGUACGCGAUGGACUGCGGCAAGUCAUGCUUGGAGAGUACAGUCCCUUCUUCAGAGAUCUGGAGAAUGAGGUGGCAGAGGUCCAGCCUCCACCAGUGAUCCUGUACCCCCAGUCCCAGGACCAGUCCCAAAACAACGGCGCUGGCCAUUACUCACAGGGUGGUACUGCCAUACGGCCCAUCGAGCCUCCACCGCAACCACCUGUAGACCCCAGAUACCCCCCACAGUAUGAUCCCAGAUUCCCAGAACCGAGACACACUGGUCAGACAGAUGGGAGAUUAGCCACCCACCAUACUGACAACAGAUACCCCGUAACUCCACAGCGACGACCCAGCCCACCUGUGCCGCAGCCUGCUGGCCACGUGCCAUCAGCAUCAGGACUACAUCUCAUCGCCCUGAACGCCCCUCAAACUGGUAACAUGCGAGGAAUCCGCGGAGCAGACUUCCUGUGCUUCCAGCAGGCCCGUGCUGUGGGCCUGAAGGGCACCUUCAGAGCUUUCCUGUCCUCCAAGCUUCAAGACCUUUACACCAUCGUCCGCAGGUCGGACAGGGACAGCUUCCCCAUCGUGAACCUCAAGGACCAAGUGUUGUUCAGCAGUUGGGAGUCUAUCUUUGGAGACGAUGCAAGUAAAAUGAAGGAGAAUGUACCGAUUUACUCCUUCGAUGGCAGAGACAUCCUCAGGGACAGUGCAUGGCCAGAAAAAAUGAUCUGGCAUGGAUCAAGCAACAAAGGCCACCGGCAAACAGACCAUUACUGCGAAACAUGGCGGGCGGGUGACCAUGCUGUGACUGGUCUGGCAUCAUCGCUACAGAGCGGCCACCUCCUGCAGCAAUCCUCCAGUAGCUGUUCCGGCUCCUACAUCGUCCUCUGCAUCGAGAACGCCUUCACAUCACACUCCAAAAAAUAAAUCCCGUCCACUCUCUCUCUUUUUUUUUUUUUUUGUUUUGUAUUUGUUCUGGGCCCUAGUUAAACACAGUUUGAAUUCCCCGAGAACACGCCUGGUGAACAUGUGGCGUCCAAUGAACUGGCCCUGUGGCUCUUUGCCUGGCAGAGACGCUUUGCAUCGUCUGCUCCUCCCCUCCAUAAACGCCAAAGAGAUGGGUCGAACAGAGGGGGUGCUGUUCCUUUUUCUCGGGGGCAUUGGCACAUAUUCUCUCCAAGGGGCAGAACGAGACCAGAGAAGCUGAAUGAAGCUCUCACAUUGUAUCCAUUUUUUAAAAAUUCUGUAUAUUACAUGUUUGUUGUUUGUGAUUUUUUUUUUGUUUAUUGUUUUUGAUGUUAUCAAUGUUUUACUUUUUGAACUGUUUAUAAAAAUGCAUUAUCCAUCCUGUUAUUUUUUUUAUUUUAGGUAUUGAUCAUUUCCACUUUUUUUUUUUUUUUUUUCUCAAUUUCAUUUUAGAAUUGUGGUUUAUGACGGGGAACAGCAAACGUUUAAAGAUUAUUUUAAAGAAGAUAAUAGAUAUUUAUUUUUAAAUGAAGUUAUGUAAGAGAAAAAAAUGAUUUGGAAAAAUAAAAAAAUGCUAAAUACCCUCAUUUAUAUUCUACACAGCACAGAACAUUGAUUUUUUUCUAAAGAGCUUGUGAUCAGAAACUGUGCCUUAUUACACAACCAGGACUGCUUUAAAAAAAAUAAGCUCAUAUACUGAACCACUCCUUUUGUAUGCAUUAUUCUACAAAUAUGUAAAUGUUACAGCGACUUUUGCUCAAGUGCAUUCAGAUGCUUUUACUUCACACUAAAUUUAAAUGACCUUGUUGGACACAGACACUACUGUAAUGAAUAAUCCCACAUCCAGAGGGCAAGAGUCCUCCUAGCUGAAAUUGAGCCUUUUGAAUCUAAAAUGAUUUAUUUUCCCUUUUACCACUUUAUAAAAACCUAUCAGUGAGUAAGCUGGAAAUGAUUAGUCUGCUGCUAAUCUUUGUUGGAGUGAUUGCUGUCACGGGUGUUAGGGACAGGAAACCCAGUAUGUUAAGGAGAGAGCAGUUUUUGCAGUAGCCUUGUUUGAAUUUCAGAGACUAACUUGGCCUUAGUGCUAUUGAUGUCUUGACUGAACCUGUGGAUAUCCAUUUUUAUAACAAAAUUGUGCUGUACUGUUUCUCCCAGGCACUGAAUAAAAGUCUUUCAACUACAACAAUA